CGGCUUUUAAAAUUGAGAGGAAUCGAAUCGCCAUAAGUCGAUAUGACUCAUGUUCCUACCUCAAGUCUUAAAACUUAAAACCAUCAUUUCUAUCGUCACAUCACAACUGGUCUUAAACGAUUUGAUUUCUACUUAUUAUCCAUUCUCCUUGCAAAUUACUAAAUGGCAGAUCCACGUCUAAGACAAUUAACAAUCAAAACGGGUGUUGUAAAAAGAUUGACCAAAGAGAAGGUUGUAUAUGAGAAGGAAGCCGUCCAACAAAAAGAUCGUAUUGAAAAGUUAAAAGCUGCCGGCGAAGAUGAGCAUGUUUUGAGAAAACAAGAAGAAGUUCUCCAAGAAGCACUGAUGAUCAUUCCAGAUUGCCAAAGAAGGUUAGCAAAAGCAUUUGAGGAACUUUCAGAUUUUGUGAAGAACGAGGUAGAACUUAAAGAGACAAAGGAAUACGAAACAGCUUCGCAAAUUCUAGAAGAAGCUAAAUUGCAACUAGUCAAAGUCUAGUAAAAAUCAUCG